GUGUUGUGUUUCCUGUUUUUUUUUCCCCUGUGGCUUGACCGACACUGACUCUUUGUCCUGUUCACUUCUUUCUCUCUUUAAUUUCCCUGUUGUCUGUUCCAUAAACACAAAAUCUCGCACUCUCCGCUGUGCCUUGCUUAAUUCUCUACACCACAUUUACUGCCCGCCAAAAGCCUGCCGGCCGGCCUUUUCCCCCCCUCCACUCCGAGACGCUCUCUCUCACUCGGCGAGGACCUCUCAGCGGCCCGUCGCCAUCGGAAUCGAGCCGCAGCAGGCCCUGCAGAUGCUCAUCACAUAAUAUAGCAAUGACUUUGGCGAGCAAGGGUGGGCAGCGUAUGCUGUCGCACUUGCGCCCCUCUCCGACCCGGUGGGUUGGAACGCGUGGCUGCCGCCUCGGCCGCAGUUCUUGGGGGCCGCUGUCAGCACCGGCAAGGACGGCACCGGCAUUGGCACCACCACCUUCAUCCGCCGUCAACAUCAAGACGGCCGUCGCCUACUUCUCCACACACCCGCCAGCAAGAUCCGAUCAACCGCAGUCAAGCUCAAAGUCAGAUCCUGUCGCUCCUAGAGCCCAAGAUGGCGGCGAUAGUCUUCCCAAGAAGAUGCUCGAGUCCGCCGCGACCUCGUUCGCCUCCAUCCUCGUUCUGGCUGUCGGCUUCGCAGUGGCAGGCUACGCUUACCACAAGACGUACAAGCGCAUUGUCCUGAAGAAGAUGACCCGCGCCUUCACGCCUGGCGACCCCGUUCUUGAGCUGGCCGCUAUUGGUAAGGAAGUACCGCAAACCUCCGCCGAGGCCGAUGAUCGGUGGGUGCAGCGGCCAGAGCAGGCACGCGUCGACAGAAUUAUCGAUGGGUCAAAGGCUGGGCACUAUUUUUUGCUCAUGGGCGAGAAGGGGACUGGCAAGAGCAGCAUGCUGAUCGAGGCCAUGCGUAAAAUCGACGGCGAAGGCGUGGCCAUGUUUGAGGCCCACGCAGAUUUGGAAAUCGUGCGCAUACGCCUCGGCAAGGCCCUCGACUUUGAGUUCCAUGAGGAUUACAUUGGCGGUUACUUCAGCGAACGCGGUCCUCGCGACACGACGGCUCUGUUGGAUAUCGAACGUGCCCUCAACAAGCUUGAAAAAGUUGCUCUGGUCAACCGUGAAACGCGAAAGAAGCCCCUGGUUGUCAUCAUCAACCAGAUGCACCUGAUCCGCGACGAUGACGAUGGCAAGGACUUGAUCGAACUUCUUCAGCAACGUGCCGAACAAUGGGCGGCGUCCAACCUCGUGACGAUGGUCUUCAACACGGAUGACUACUGGGUAUACGAGCGAUUCAAGCAGCUAGCUACGCGUAUGGAGAUCAUGUCGGUGCGCGACCUGCCCAAACGCCAAGCUAUCGCAGCUCUCGCAAAGUACCGCAUGAAGUACUUCAACGAGAAGUUGAGCCCAACGAGACUUGAGGAGGUAUAUGACCUCGUGGGCGGCCGACUCUCGUUCUUGAACCGCGUUGCUAAAAGCAGAGACAUGAUUGCUACGUGCAAAUCCAUCUGUGAGGUCGAGAAAACAUGGUUUCUCAACCAGUGCUGGAUUCUCGGCGCCGAGAUGGACGACGAUGUGAUGGACCAGCAGAAGUGGGCUGCCGGCGCUAUGGUACUCGCUCAAGCCCUCGUAGAUGAGGAAGAAGACAUGGAGCUGUACGACGACGAAAAGGGUCACGUACUGCCCAGGUUCCCGAUGCACAAGGCGCAGCAAAUCAUGACGCGUGCCGACUUCAUACGUGACAUGGACCGGCUCAACCUGUUUAGUAUCGCGGCCAAUGCUGAGGUCCGCGCCUCAUCUGUGCCGAUGCACCGCGCGUUCCAAGAGAUCUGCGCUGAGAAGGGCUUCCGGGAUCAUCUGGAGGCUACGAUCCAGCGUAUCGGUGACAUUGAGUCCCUCGGCCGCACGCGCGAGCUUGUUGCCAAGGACCUUGUCCUCGGUGGCAAGUAUCAGAUUGCUCGUGACGGCAAGAACGGCGUUACCGUCAAGCUUAUUGAGGGUGAAGAUUGAGGCACGUACGUCUGAGCCUGAGUCUGGUCUGGUCAGAUCUUCAAUAGUCGGAUGGCGACACGGGGUCCACCAUCGAGGCUGCUACAUCCAAGAGCCGAGCUGCUUUACGAGACGAGACCGAGUGAUGGUGAUGGGACAGUGUGACGCGAGCUCAGAUCUAAUUGUCCCAUCCUAUGGCCCACCACGACCUAUCAACUUCGAGUGCGACCCUUAGAUCGGACAACGAUCUGGCGCUGAUCGAUUAUGCGACUAGGUCGAUGGACUCGGCCGAUAUGGGAUGAAGCCUGAAGAGAUGAACAGGAUGACACCGGCUUGCCAGCUACGUGUCGUCCAUCGAAUGGAGUAGCUGAGAGCUGGAUGUGUGGCUCAUCCAGAUGCGACAUGCGCGUUCGCAGGCACAAUAAUGCGUGGCUGGGAAUGCGACGACCCCAACCUGUACGAUAGAGCACGUUUGCGGAUAGAUCCUGGGCUCUUUGGCUCGGGGAGAGGAGAGGGACAUUGCGACAUGUUGCGCCUGUCCCCCUGUACGAUGGCCGAUUGCACUGUAGAUUGCAGCAGCUCGAAAGAUUUCUUUUGUAUCCCAUG